CAGAGCUGCUUGGAAGUGACUGAGAUGUCUCGAGCAACGGGUAGCCGCCCAGGGCUGUCUGGGGGACAAGUGGCGGCUGCAUACCCGCUCCUGUCAUUGCUGCUGCUCCUUGCCUGCUUCUCAAAUGCCUGCAGAGGUGCUCCAAUAUCACCUCAAAGAUUAUGGCCCAAACAAGAACUACAAUUGUGGAAUAAGGUGCAAGAAGCUUGUUCAUCCUUUCUGACUAUUGAUUCCCAGCCUCAGGCAUCCACUGCAUGGAGGGAGCUUUGCCAUAUGGUGAUGGAGAUCAUCCAGAAGCCUCAGGUGAAAGCCUUGGGUACCAAAUGA